CUUCCUGCCAUCCUGCUCCCCUCCACCUCUCUCUCACGAGUCUCACCCCUCUUCCCCACCCUUUUCAGCGACAGAGAAAAGGAGGAGACGGAGGAAAUCGAGAGCAACAAACGCCUCGAGGGGGAGGGAGAAGAGGAAAUGGAGAGGGCGGCGCCGGUCAGGAAGUCCCACACCUCCACGGCCGACCUGCUCUCGUGGCCGCAGCAGGCCGACGGCACGGCCACGCCGUCACCAGCACGCCGCCCCCACCAGCCGUCGGAGGCGUUCAGGAAGGUGGUGUUCGGGGGCCAAGUGUCCGAAGAGGAGUCCGAGAGCCUCAACAAAAGGAAGCCAUGCUCGGCGCCCAAGUGGAAGGAGAUGUCAGGGAGCGGCAUUUUCGUGGCUGAGGCUAACGGCGACGUGGAGGAGUCUGGUGGCGCCACUGCCGACCCGACGACUGGCCGGGGUACCUCACGCAGUUAUCAGACAAUUAGUACUGUAAGCCACAUCUCGUUUGCUGAGGAUGGAAGUAUUCCUCCCAAAAAGCCAACUUCGGUAGCUGAGGUGGCAAAGCAGCGUGAACUUAGUGGUACUCUGCAAAGUGACACGGACAGUAAAAUGAAGAAGCAGAUAUCUAAUGCGAAAUCCAAGGAGCUCAGUGGCCAUGACAUCUUUGCUGAACCCCAAGAUCCCAGGCCUAAUAAGGCAAGGAACUCAGAAAAUGGCAGCUCUGCUUCACACACACGUGCGAAGAAUGCAAACGUGAGCAGCUUCUCAUUUGGAGAGGCCAACACAGACAGCGUUUCGAAAACUCCCAAGAAGAUAACCAGCAAGAAAUUCGCUGAUCUCACAGGGAAUAACAUAUUCAAAGGAGACGAGGCACCAGAGUCUGCAGACAAGCAUCUGAGCUCGGCGAAAUUGAAAGAAAUGACCGGCAGCAAUAUAUUUGCAGAUGGCAAGGCCCCAACCCGAGAGUUCCUAGGUGGACCCCGCAAGCCUCCGGGAGGGGAGAGCAGCAUUGCGCUGGUUUAACUUCCUGAUGGAUGCUGUCACUGUCCAUGUUUCCUCUAUGAAUGAUGAUAGGAGUUUGUCGAGCAGCAGAUCGAAUGCUCGGUUUAUUUCUAUGGUUCGGUGUUGAGUUUGGUUUACAUCCAGCGAUGUGUAGACGACGAUAAUGAUUAUGUAGCUUAACAUUUGGCGUGCCCAUCUUGCUUGAUUUUGCUGUGGACAUACUCGACAGAACAACAUUAUGUGUGUGUGGUAUCUAGUUCCUGUGGCUGGAGAUGCAGUACCCCA